GCUUCAAUGCAUUGCAUUGAUCGGGUCUUCCAGAACAUCUAACCUCAACCUCACCACCACCCUGCACCCGAAAACUCGAAAACACACAAUGGGCUGGUUCUCCUCAUCCUCCGACGCCCCCAAGACUGCCUCCGAUGGUGGUCGCAUAGCCCCCGACCGAAGCUCCCGCGCGCGAUGCUACGAAGGCCGCGACUUGUUCUUCGCCUGCCUGGACAGGCAUGAUAUCCUGGAUGCGAUCAAGGAGGAUAAGGAGGUGCGCCGGAAGUGCGGGAAGGAGAUCGCUGAGUUUGACACUGCCUGUUCCGCUGCUUGGGUCAAGUACUUCAAGGAGAAGCGCGUGAUGGAGUUUAACCGGGAUAAGACGAUUGAGCGCAUCAAGAAGGAAGAUGCCGCCAAGGUCCAGGAUUUGAAGGCACAGGGGUGGACUGCCCGGUAAAAAGGCAGAAGACAAAAGAAAGGGGAAAAUAAACGAGACCGAGGAUACGAUUGUGCUUGAAAAUUAGGGGCUCCGCCACUGUACCAUAUUUCGCUCUACCUGUUUUCUAAUGACGGCCAUUGCUACUAGACGCUCUCAACUACAUUCUUGGAACAUUGUCUUAUUAAGGUUGCCAUGGGCUUGCAUU